AUGGCUCCGCGCAAAAAGUCGCUGCUGGGCGCGUCGAAUCCUGUUGUGCAGGAUCCUGGAUUCCUUCCUGCGCUGAGCAGCAAUCUUGCGGCGCUGGGCCCUAUGGGUGGAAAUGGGGGUGGUGUGCCGGCGAGUCCGGUGCCGACUGUUCCUCCUGCCAUGUCUUUCGCUCCCACUCCGACACCCAUUGCCACUCCGAGCGCACCCCUGGCCAACACUGUGUCGCUAGUCAACAAGACAGGCACCCAAAGCCUGUACCAGCGCUGCUCGUAUGCACUUGGACGACUACUCCGGAUCGAGGGAAUUGCCUCGUUUUUCACGCUCUCGAACUCGGGACGGGCACCGCCACGCUUGGGACUGCCGCAGGACGACGAGGCGCAAAAGGGGCCCAGGGACAGCACGGUGCGGGCACGCCAGUCGACGGAUCCAGUGCGCCAGUUGUGGGAUCUCUUGGCCCUUGGUGUUCCCCUCUGCAUCCUCUACAAUGCCCUGCCUGGAGUCGACCCACUGCAGAUCGACUGCAGCAUCGAAGAAACAGAACGAAAGCUGGCUCAGGCGAGUGCAGAGUCCAAGACUCCAACGAAUAAACAUGCCAAACAUGCCACUGCCUUUUUCAUCAUGGGACUCAAGCAGCUCGCCGAGUCGGGCGAUCUACGUGGCCAGCCAGAGAUGUUUACCGUUUCAGAGCUCUUUGGAAACAAUACAAAUGGCUUUGUCAAGGUCGUCUCGACUGUCAUAUUCCUUCUUGAACGUCUCCCCGAAUCCAUCUUUUCACCCGCUCCUCCCAGUCCCCCCAGCCUUGUAUCCCAAUUCAGCACUUCCAUACCCGCCACACCCGGCCUCUUCCCAUCCGACUCGCUCGAUUCCCUUACCUCACCCGUCGACGCUCCCUCCAACGGCUUCCCCUUUCCCCCCACCGCCCCAUCCCUAUCAGACGACGAGUCCUUCCGCAAAAAACACAUCCAGGAGACUCUCGAUGCCGAGCGAAAAUACGUCGCUGACCUCGAAGUCAUGCACGAAUACGCACGCGAGCUCAUUCAGAAGAACGUCGUCGAUGCCGACACGGUCCAUCAUUUGUUCCCCGGUCUUGGAAAGCUCUUGGAUUUUGGCCGUAGGUUCUUGAUCGAGAUGGAGGGCACCGCACAAUGUCCGUGGGAGGAUCAGCGUUGGGGCUUAUUGUUCAUUGAUAACGAGGAGGAAUUUGCCGUAUACGAACCAUAUUGCGCCAACUAUACCAAUGCGAGCGAGCUGAUGCUGUCUCAAGAGCAGAAUCUCAUGACUUUCGAUUACCUGACGUCGAGGUGGAGCCUCCGGGGUCCUACCUUUGCCUUUUUGGAAAGGGUCGCUCUGGGCAACGGCCCGCACGGGUUGUCAUGGUUCUUUCGCGAUGGGUCCAAGGUCGGAUUCACAGUCGGAGAUGGGAUUCAAAAUCGAGGAGCUAGUGAUGCAGAGGUCGGAACUGGCAAUAUGAAACUUCGGUUCGGAUUGGGAUUGGGUCGUCUCCCCUCGUCGAGAUGA